UCUAUUAAAUGAAGACAGUCUAUAAUAAACGAUACUUUAUUCUGGAAGCGCAUCAAUCUAUGUGAUUUUUUUUUCUCAGACGAGUGUACAUGAGUUGCAGUUCGUCAAGGCGGUCAUCAUUAUUGUUAAUCAGGGUAAAAAUACGCAGCGAUAUCCAGAAACUAAUUAGAGAAACAAGUAUCAGCUUUAAAGAAUAUUGAAAUUUGAGACAUUAUCGAUAACAGCAAAGACUGACACUAGCUUGGAGAGAAAACUACUAUCAAUCCGCUCAAACCACGUGAUGCAGUAUUAUAGCAACUGAUCCCAUGCGUUCGCUCUGUUUGAACUACUCUCUGGCCGUGGGAUGGUUGUAUGACUAUAGUAGUGAGCAUUUUUAUCCGUUUCUUUUACGAUGACGCACUCAUCGCAGCUUCGCCUGCAAACUCUCUGCCAUAAGCCAAUCAGUUGUCUGCUUUACACGCCACAAUGAGCACCGCAGAUUCAUUGACUGUGAUAUCACCACAAGAUUGGCCUGUAUUACGCGAUUUGUUUACGGACAAUUGGCCAACGCACCUAGUAGCUUAUCACACGGUGAAUAACUUUAUUCAGUGGUAUCAGAAGGAUCCUGAAAUUAAGAAUCUCAAGUUCUACAGUCUGAACAACAGCUGGCGUAAGGACGGAACCUAUGUGAUAGUGGAUCGUUAUCAGUUGUUUCUUUACACGCUCGCUGUCGGCAGUGAUGUAUUGGAACGGGCAUUGCACUUGCUUGAUUGGAGCCAAGGGUUCAAAGUGAGUUCUUUCCUCGCGAGACAUCGCAAUGCAGUGGUGAAUGUUGUCGAUGCGAAAGGACUGCGGAAGGAGUACGACAGUUGCACUUAUCUGUAUUACAUGCCCAAAGAAGAAUCAGCAAAGCUGACAGUUAACCUACCCGAAGGUCUUCGGCUGAGCUCUUUAACGCCUGAGGAUGCUGUCAAAGCUGACGCAGUAUGGCCGAAUAGACACGCAGGAUCGUUGUUCUUACUGAAAAGGCUAGCUGCUUGGAACCCCAACGUGGGAUUGUAUAACACCCACGGCGAACUUGUUGCAUGGUGUUUCAGAUUACAAGCAGGUCCGCUUGGUGUACUACAGGUAGACGAAAAACAUUUCAAGAAAGGCUACGGAACGAUCGUAACCAUGGCAAUGGCUAAGAAGCUGGCCGAGAUGAAUGAGGACUGUUUUGCCCUCGUUGGAAAUGGCAAUAUUCCUUCGAAGCGAAUGUUCGAAAAAAUCGGAUUCCGACACACCGAUUUUGCUUACUGGCUACGGACGUAUCCGGCAGUACCGUUCCAUUGGAGUGAUAAUUAGAAGGGGAAGUUAUAAUCCUAGCUUAAUGAGUCAUACCGAUACCAAAUCAUGAAAUUGCCAAGUAAUAACUGCAGCUGUUUGUGUUAUCAUUUUCAAUCACAUUAAGAAUCGAAAGCUAAUCAAUUUCUUGGAACAAGAUCUGGCGGUGCUCGAAGUGUUGCUUAUCAGACUACUGAUUUUGUUUAACACCAUUUUAACCUCUAGAUAAAUAAAAAUCAGCUCUUAUAAAUUAAAGAA